CUUUGCAUUCAGAUUUUGUACGCAGAAUGUAGGAGAACUCGUCUGAUCAGGAACUCGAAGGAUUCGUGUACGGCUCAAGCCGAUCUCAACGGCAUGCCGAUAGCGCAGUCGUAGCAUGUCCAGUAGUCUUGGUCAAGUUACGUCGGCUCGCCGAUCAUGGUACGCACGUCAAGUUAACUCAAGCUAUGUUUUGCUUCUUUUACCUAGAAAAGCCCCUGCCCAAUUUCCAAUGAGUACAUUCACCACGACGAUCGAUGUCCAGGCGCGGCGUGCCUGAGAUCUAUAUCUCAUCCUGCCGCAGAUCCGCCCUGUGCACCACUUGGAAGCCAGAAACCGCCCUACACGGGGUCGUAUCGCGAACGAUAAAUGCACGUUCUGCACGGUGCAACCAAAACGUCAAAAGAGCUAUCACCCUGAAAUUGUUGCGCUAAUGUCUCUCUUCCGCCCGUGUCGGAAUCUGCGUAAAGGCAAUUGGGUCAAGGCAGGCAUGCGCAGCCUUUAGAGUGCCUGCAGAUCAUCCAACCUCCGCCCGCACAUCGCAAUACGAGCCGACUUGUCAACCUCCCUCUCGAGGAAUGUCGCCAUGACCAGCCCAGCCGUGCCAAGGGAUUGACAGGCGCCCUGUAAGAUCUCUGGAGCCCCGGGAAAACCCUGAGGAGGCCUUGCAGUAUGGAGAAGAGAUCAGAAAUGCUGAUGUCGAUCUCCAACACUAUCGAACGGCCGUGAAUUAGAAGAUUCUGUAGGACACCGUCAUACAAAAUGCUUCCGAUGCGAGGAAGCCUGUGCGAUACGACACCAGCCUUUUGCUUCAAUGCUCAACGAAACAAUGGCAGAAUCUCCCUCAGAAAUCAGCCUGUACAAUUUCCCUCCUCAACCGGCCAACUUUGACUCGGUCGGCAUAUUUUUCGUUACAUUUCUUUCAGCAUGGACGACUCUCGUGGCUUGUGGAAUGACUUUUCUGAUAAUUAAUCGACGGAACCCAAUCAUCAAGAUCAGAGGCCUAAAACUCUCCCUUGCCGCAAUAUGUAUGCUCCAUGCGUAUUGGAUCCUUGGACAACUUGUUUACCCGAUUGGCGCAACCAUGAAUCCGAUCCUAGCCUAUGACAUACAAUACUUCUUCAUGGGCAUAUGGCUUCCGCUCGGCAUUGCGCUUUUUCAUGCGGCCAACCUACGAUUUCUUCACGUUGCCAAAAGACAAAGAAUGUUUACGAACUACCAAACGUUGCAGCGAGGCUGUAACAGGGCCAGGACGUCUUGGCUCCGUCGUCUCCGUAACGCGGACUAUUCCACAAGAGUCUUGACAUUCAUCUCUAUUGGCAUGAUUCUACAGAUAUUUCUUACUGUUGCCAUGUGGAUUGCCUGCCGGAAAUAUCAUCCAACGUUUGGAAUACCAGGAACAGAGCUUCCCAGUGGGACACCACAAGAACAACUUGUAGUGCUCGGUCAAGGUUGGGAAUGGUGGCCAACUCUCUUGUGGCAAUUCCUUUGGAGCUGGAUCGUAGCGCCGUAUCUCAUCAUCAAAUCUUGGAAUGUACAUGACACUCUUGGUUGGCGUGUGCAAACAAUCGGCUGCUGCAUCGCAAAUCUGCACGCAACGCCAAUGUUUUUAAUUGCUUCAUAUGUUCCGGAAUUCUCGGUGAUCAAUGAAUACUUUACACCAAGCAAUUGGAUCCACCUCUCUAUUAUGUUCUUUGUCAUUUUCACCGUCUUUGUUCCCUGUAUACAAGUUGUGAGACACGUGAGAUUGCAGCGUCAGGCUCUGGCAUUCAAUGACGCCCGUGAAUCCGAGUCUCGAUCAACAUCUGUCAUCUUCUCAGUCGGCACAUUCAAAGCAACGGACUCGAAAUCUUCUGGUUAUGCAGGCGAAAGCGGUACGCAAAUUGACGUCCUCGGGAUCGAGGACGACCGAUUACUCACCAAAAGCGCUCUCGACUACGUGCUGCGCACCAAUCCCUCUUCAUUGCAAAAUUUUUCCGCGUUACGGGACUUUUCAGGCGAAAACAUUGCCUUCAUCGUCCGUGUUUCUGAAUGGAAGGCUACUUGGUUCCAAAGCCUUGAGGUUGACCCAAAUGAGACCCGGAAAAUGUACAACCGAGCAUUAGAGAUAUACACCAGCUUCGUCAGUCCCCACGACGCCGAGUUUCCAGUAAACCUAUCAUGGCGCCAGCUUAAUAAACUCAAAGACAUGUUCGAAAACGCUGCCAGAGUCAUGUGUGGAGAAGCUCGUAAGGUCUCAGGCGCGUCAAUGUUUGACUUCAAUGAAGCACCCGAUUCUAAGGACGUCACGAGAAUAGAGUUUUCCGAGUUGGCCAAAAGAGCGCAAUACACGGGCGAGAUCCCAGACACCUUCAAUGCCGGCGUUUUCAACGAGGCACAAGCGCACGUCAAGCAAUUGGUCUUUCUCAACACGUGGCCGAAGUUCGUAAAAGAGCUGCGUGAAAACAGGCCGAAGUCGAGUGAGACUGGUAGAUCUGAUGGCACUUGGUCAUCACAGAGGACACUGUUGGAAAGGACGCAGAAGUACUUCAAAUCCAUGUUCUAAGAGAAAUAUACAUGACGAACCACGGCUUAUAAAGUCUCCGGUACGUCUUCGCAUAGUACGAUAGAAGCUAAAAAUUACCACGACGAUAACCGCGUCUAAUGGAAAUCUUGAUGAGGG